AAGUCCCAGAGGAAACCCAUCCUCAAGCCAGAUCGAAGAGUCAGCGUCAAAACCACGGUAAAACCUAGCACAAAUUCGACCUCAAAUCUGCCACCGCCGGCACCCCGUUCGCAGCCAUGGCGACCUCCUUCGCGUUCGGCAAUUCCGGCGCGGCGGGAUCCACCUCGCCCUCGCCCUUCUCCUUCUCCACCGCCCCAUCCGCCUUCUCCUCCUCCCCGGCACCCGCGUUCGGUUCCUCCCCGGCACCCGCCUUCGGCUCCUCCGCCUUCCCUUCCGCCGCCGCCUCUACUCCCGCUUUCGGUUCGUCCCUCUUCGGAGCCUCCCCCGCCUCCGCAUCCGCUCCCGCCGCCGCUUCCUCCCCGUCCCCUUUUGGCUUCGGGGCCACUGGUUUUGGGGCCGCUCAGCCGCCUUCCUCGUCCGCCUCGCCCCUCUUCGGAGUAGCCGCCACCUCCGCCGCGGCAACCACACCCACCAUGUUCGGCACCACCACCACCACCCCCAGCAUCUUCGGCGCACCAGCCACCUCAUCUGCGGCCACUACCCCGAGCAUCUUCGGCGCAUCGGCCACCUCAUCUGCGGCCACUACCCCGGGCCUCUUCGGCGCACCAGCCACCUCAUCUGCGGCCAGCACCCCGAGCCUCUUCGGCGCCGCAUCCACCCCCGCGACCACUCCAGGUAUCUUCGGCGCGACCACCGCCGCCGCCACCACCCCCAGCCUGUUCGGCGCCGUCUCUUCCGCCGCGUCCACGCCGGGCUUCGGCUUUGGCUCAUCCGCGUCAGGCGCCACCACUGCCCCAACACCGUCAUUCGGCUUCAACAGCGCGCCCGCCGCAUCUAGUACCGCCGCUACCUCAGCUUCCACACCGGCUCUAGGGUUUGGGGCCGCCACUGGCUCGACCUUGUUUGGAUCCACCUCGCCUGCGCCUCUAUUCGGCACCACCGCCGCCUCGUCUCCAGCUACGACCGCGCCAUCCCUUGGUUUUUCAUUAUCCCCAGCAACUACUGCCUCAGCCCCCUCGUUCGGCUUCGCACCAUCGUCAGGAAGCACCACAUCUUCCCUGUUCUCGUCUGCUCCCUCAGCCUCCGCCUUCUCGUUCUCUAACAGUGCUCCCGCCGCUUCAUCCACGCCGGCCAGUGGUUUCUCCUUGGCCACUUCGCAGGCUGCGUCUGCUCCCUCGAUGUUCUCAAGCACAGGUGCAGCAGCAAGCUCGUCAGCGAGCUCCCUUUUUGGUGCAUCUUUUGCUGCUCCUACACCGACAUUUGCCUCUGUUUCUGCAACGACUGCAUCCACUGUGCCAUCAGCUACUGCUACUCCUGCAACAGCGGGGUCAUUGUUCUCGGCACCACCUUCUUCCUCUCUUGGCUUCAGCUUUACAGUACCGCCAUCAGCUUCAUCAUCAGCAGCAGUUACAGCCACCAUUACAAGUUCCUCAACAUCUGCAGCCGUGACAACCACCACCCCUUCAACUACGACGAGCGCGUUUCCUAGUUUUAGCCUGCAACCAACUACUCAAGCUUCUGCCUCAACGUCGGUGGCUCCGUCAACACUGUUUGGUUCUACUACACCCACAAGCACGUCAGCCAUCACGACCACAACUCAGGCGACUUCAUCAGCUGUUCAAGCUAGCACCACUGGAUCUACUACUAAUGCUAUUACUCCAGCAGCAUCCCAAGCACCAAAGCUCCCAUCAGAAAUUGUUGGUAAAUGUGUUGAGGAGAUUAUUAGGGACUGGAACAAUGGGCUUCAAGACCGUACUGCUAAGUUCCGGAAGCAUGCCACUGCCAUAUCUGAGUGGGACAGGAGAAUUCUGCAAAAUAGGAAUGUUCUUAUAAGGCUUGAGGCUGAUGUUGCUAAAGUUGUUGAAACACAAACAAGCUUGGAGAGGCAACUUGAGUUGAUAGAAACUCAUCAGAAAGAGGUGGACAAGGCUCUACAGAGCAUGGAGGAGGAAGCUGAACGGAUAUUCCAGGAUGAGCGUGUCUUACUUCGUGAAGAUGAGGCUGCCUCUGCAAGAGAUACAAUGUAUGAGCAAGGUGAAGUCGUAGAGAAUGAAUUGCAACAUAUGACAGAACAAGUAAAAUCCAUCAUUCAGACCAUGAAUGCUACUCAGGGUGGUGAGCUAGAGGCAGCGGAUAGCAUGGCGCCAUUCGAUGUUGCUGUUCGGAUACUGGAUAAUCAACUGCGCUCUCUAAUGUGGAUUGAUGAGAAGGCGAAUGAGUUCUCAAACAGGAUACAGAGACUGCCCAACAAUAGUACUGUGGCUGAGCGCGACUCAGGAAUUCCAAGGUUUUGGUUAAGCUGAUUUGAUCCUGGAUGGACAUUGCUUCGUGUUCUGCUCAAGGGUGCUAGAACAUGCUGUUUCAGAGUGAAGGUUUUACCGUUCUCCCCUUUAUUCAAGUUCUCAUGUGACAUGUUGCUCUAACAUGAUGUACUGUUGUUGGUGAUGUUCUUUGGAAUUCAAACUGCUUGUCAGAUAAACUACUCUGCUUCGUUAACUGAUGAAAAAACUAUUCAUCGCGAGCUUUUGCGUUA